AUGCAGCAGCAGCAGCUGCUGCUGCUGACGUGGCUGCAGCGGCUUUCUACGGCUUUCGCCAUCAACAGCAACUUUGCUGCUGAGACAACGCAGCAGCAGCAGCAGCAGCAACAGCAGCAGCAGCAGCAGCAGCAGCAGGGAUUCACAGCUACUGGGCUGCUGCAGCUUCAACGCAAGCGGCUGCUGCCCGUGUGCUCGCUGCUCGGUGUUGCUGCAGCAGCUGUUGGGUGCCUCCGCAGCGGCUUCCUUGCUGCUUGUGUUGCACUGCAGCAGCAGCAGCAGCAGCAGCAGCAGCAGCAGCUCCUGCCGCAGCUGCUGCAGGUGCUGCAGGGACUGGCGGAGCAGCUGGGGGCUGAUGGCCGCCCCCGCGCAAUUUCAACUUUGCUGCUGCCGCAGCAUCUGCUGCAGCGGCAGGUGCAGCAGCGCAUGCAGCCGGUGCUGCUGCUGCUGCUCUGCGAGCUCAGGGACACAGCACUCUUCUCCUUAUCAGAAGCAGCAGCAGCAGCAGCAACAGCAGCAGCAGCAGCAGCAGUGAAACACAUGUCGCCGCUGCCAGCAGCUCCCGUUCACCUGGAAGAUCCGCAACAGCAGCAGCAGCAGCAACAGCAGCAGCAGCAGCAGCAGCAGCUGCAGCAGCAGGAGACAGCAAGCGAAGUGCUGCUGAGCAGCAGGCAGAAGAAGCUGCAGCAGUUGCUGUUUGCUGUUGCACUGGAGGAGAUGUGUCUUUGUACAUCAGACAGCCGCAGCGAGGAGCCUUCAAGCCCUUCUCUGCUGCAGCCAGCUGGUGCUGCUGCUGCUGCAGGUGCUUCAGCAGCAGCAGCAGCAGCACGCUGCAAUGCAGACACCUGGUGGAGCUGCAGUGUUAUCUCGCGUUGGUUGCUGCUGCUGCAGUUGCCUACAUGGGGAGCAGCAGCAGCAGGUGAUGCAGCAGCAGCAGCUGCUGCUGCUGCUGCUGCAGAUACACCGCAGCAGAUCCUCGAGGUUUUCUGCAGAUGCAUGCAGCAGCUGCAGCAGGGAUUGGUCCCCCUGAGAAGGGCUUUGCCGCGUCUCCCCAGCCUGCAGCAGCAGCUGCUGCAGCUGUCUCCUCAGGUGCAGCAGCAGCUGCAACUGCUGCAGUUGUCGCAGCAGCAGCAGCAGCAGCAGCAACUCCUUCUUCACUGCAUCGACUUGCUGCUGCGCCACCGCAUCCGCCGGCUGGAGGCAGCAACGAUCUUCCUUUUUGCUGUGAAUCAGCAGCAGCAGCAACAUGAGCAGCAGCAUCAGCAGCAGCAGCAGCAGCAGCAGCAUCAUCAUCAGCAGCAGCAGCAGCAGCAUGCAGCCCUGCUGCAGCAACUCGGAGUCCUACCGACAGAAAGGGGCUCCCCGGUGCAGCGUUGUGAUUCUUUGCUGCGGGAGUUUGCUGCUGAGUGCAGCAGCAGCAGCAGCAGCAGCAGCAGCAGCAGCAGCGCGCGGCUCUUGCCAGCUACAGACGACACGCAGCUAAGUGAUGUCUCCUCUCUCUUCCUGCAGCAGCAAGGGGCACGCUGCUUGGCCCUCAUGCUGCAGCUGCUGCACUCGCGGCAGCAGCAGCAGCAGCAGCAACUGCUGCUGCAGCUGCUGCUGCAGCAGCACCACCCGCACCGAAACUCCUACAGCCGCAGCUUGAUGGCCUUCAACGCAUUUGCUGCUACAUCACUCUCUUCAGACUUGCUGCUGAUGCAUGAGCUUCCACUGCCCGCUUUGCUGGUGCUGCUGGGCUUCGUGCUGCAGCACCUAAUAGCAGCUUUUCCCACUGCAGCAGCAGCAGCAGCAGCAGCAGCAGCAGCAGCAGGAAGUCCUUCCUUCCGGCAGCGGUGGUCUAUCGAUGGCCAGUCCUCUGCUCCUGCUCCUGCUGCUGCUGCUGCUGCUGCUGCUGCUUCUGCUGCUGCUGACUUCACCCCCCAACAUCAACGACAUGCGCAGCAGCGGAUGGCCUUGCGUGCUGCAGCAACAGCAGCAGCAGCAACCGCAAGGGCCCUCCAGGGCUGCUCCUGCAGCUGCAGCAGCAGCAGCAGCAACAGCAGCAGCAGCAGCAGCAGCAGCAGCAGCAGCAGCAGCAAUUCAAUGGCAUGGAAUGUUGGCCUUGCUGCAGACUCACUGCGAGUCGCAGCAGAAGAAGCAGCAGCAACCCUGUCUGGGUCAGCUGCUGCUACUGCAGCAGCAGCAGCAACAGCAGCAACAGCAGCAAAUGCAGCAACAGCAGCAGCAGCAGCAACACAGUUUUGUGUGUGGGAGUUGGUGGGCUGCACGCUAGCUAGGGGUAUUGGAGCUUGCUUGCUGCUGCUGCUGCUGCAGCAGGAGCCUCACUCUGUUGGCGACAGCAGCAGCAGCAGCAGCCACAAGCUGCAGCAGCUGAUGACCCGCAAGCAGCAGCAGCAGCGGCACCAGAUGAUGGAUACCCCCUACAGCGAAUCAAGGUCUUCUAUUUUGGGGGACCUUGCUGCUGCUGCUGCUGGGGCCCUUGUCACUGCUGCUGACAGACGCGCAGCAGCAGCAGCAGCAGCAGCAGCAAGCGCAGCUAUUUGCUGCCGGUGUCUUACGGCACUAGCAGAGGCAGCAGCAGCAGCAGCAGCAGCACGACGAACCCCCUGCUUGGCGCUGCGAGCCACCCUCACACAGUAA